CUAUUCAAUUGUGGAUGCCAGCCCCCCCCACAGGGGCAUCGUGCUGGGCUCGCGUAACAGCCCUUCGCUCUCUUGGUUUUCGACUGUAGUUUGCACUCAACCGCAUUCCUUUUCCUGCAACGAAUACGCUUUAACCUGGGCCUGUACAGUGCCUUGGCGAGGCAGCCCCCGAAAAGAGGGCGCAGCGCGCGCAACUCGGGUGGAGCGGCCGCGAGCGCCCCUCCUGCGGCUACGGCCAGUGCUGCUGGCGCCCUUUGCAGCCUGGUAGCUUGGAGGCGCUAAGGACCUCGCGCGAGCCUUAGCCUGGGCGCUGCCGGGCGAGGCGGCAACCGCUCGUGAAGAUGGUGUGGUGCGCUCAGUGCGCGGCGGAUGUGGAGGUGGAGGCGGAUGACCAAAAUGGAUUCGCGUGCUGCGUCCAGUGCGGCCGCGUGGUUGAGGACACGGCCUUCAGCAGUGACGUCAUGUUCACAAAGGGCGGGGACGGCGAGGGCGAGAUGGUGGGGCAGAUGGUGGGCGCCAGCGGAGAGGCGCGAGGGCUGGGCCGCUACUCGGGCGGCCGCAUGUGGGGCAGCGGGGGCGAUAGCCACGAGGCCGCCGUGUCUCGCGGGCGGCACGAGAUCGUGAGCCUGGUGGAGGCGCUGCGCAUCUCGCCCAGCGGCGAGGCGGUGGAGGCGGCGCACCGGCUGUACCGCCUGGCGCUGCAGAGGAACUUCACGAGGGGGCGCAGGGUCAACCAGGUGGCCGCCGUGUGCCUCUACAUCUUCUGCCGCCUGGAGCGGCGCCCCUACAUGCUCAUCGAUUUCUCAGACCACCUGUCCGUCAACGUGUACGCACUGGGCGCGGUGUUCCUGCAGCUGCUCAAGCUGCUGCGCCUGGACGAGCACGGCACGCUGACCAAGCCCAUCGACCCCUCGCUGUUCCUCAACCGCUUCGUGGACCGGCUGCGGCUGCCCACGCAGGAGCUCAAGUCGAAAGUGGGCAACACGGCGAUGCGGCUGGUGCAGUCCAUGAAGCGCGACUGGAUGCUGACGGGGCGGCGGCCCAGCGGCAUCUGCGGCGCGGCGUUGUUCCUGGCGGCGCACAUACACGGCGUGGAGAAGACCAAGAGGGACGUGAUUGCCAUUGUGCACAUCGGCUGGGCCACGGUGGAGAAGCGCGUCAUGGAGCUGGCGGAGACGCGGGACGCCCAGCUCACGCUCAAGGAGAUCAGCGAGCGCGAGAAGGCGGUGGACGACCAGCGGGAGCAAAUGCUGCUAGAGUAUGAGCGGCAGGCGGCGGAGAACCCGCAGCGCCCGGCCGCGCUCAUGCCGCCGCCGGAGGCGGUGGACGGCGAGGAGGGCGAGGGCGAGGGCGCGGUGGUGGCGGUGGACCCGAACGAGGUGGGCCGCUACUGCGAGCACGUGCGGGCGGGCGCGCCGCUGCUGGCGCACGGCAUGUGUCGCGGCUGCCUGGAGGACUACCUCAAGAUCACACUGGCAACACAGGGCGCCAACGACCCGCCCUGCUACAUGGCCAACCUGCGGCGGGACGUGAAGCGCCGCGUGCGUGAGCAGCUGGCGGCGGAGAAGGGAGGACUGCUCAUAAAGGGCUCGGGUGAAAUGCUGGCGCUGCCGGGCCCCUCCGGCUCCUCCGGUGCCGGCGGCGGCGGUGGCGAUGACGCCCUGGAGGACCUGCACCGGCGCCGCCACCUGGAGAACGAGGAGGCGCUGGAGCCGGGCGUCAGCGGCGAGCAGCCGAGCACGGACAAGGACAAGGACAAGGACAGCGCAGUAGUGCCAGCGGCCAGCGGGAGGCGGAGACGGGGGAAAGCAGCGGAAAGCAGCGAUGGUGCGGGGCCAUCCACAUCAGCUGGCGGGGGCGCGGCGGCAGCCGCAACUGGUGGCACGGGCGCGUACGGCAGCGCCGAGGACGGCGCGGGGCCGGGGCCCAGCAGCGCAGCUGCAGCCGGCGGCGGCAGUGCUGCGCCUCGGGCUCGGGCUGGGUCGCUGCGCUCCGAGGAAGACGACUUUGACGCCGCGCUGCACAGCUCCGAGCUGCAGCCGCUGGCCAAGGCGCUGGGCGGCGAGGCGGCGGCGGUGGCCAGUGCGCCGCUGAGGCGGGCGGCCAGCCCCAGCCCCGAGGCGGAGGAGGGGGAAAGGCGGGCGGCAGGGGAAGCGGGAGCUGAGGGGGACGCUGCGCGGGGGUCAAAGCGGCAGAAGGUGCAUGCGUCGGAAGCCGGCGUGGCGGCGGCGGAGGCGGGGGCAGCAGCCGCAGACGCGGAAGCGGGCGGCGGCGCCGCAGGAGCAACCGCACCAGCAGCAGGUCUCUCUAGUGAGAUCGCGGCGGCGGCGGACGCGGAGCGCAGGGCGGCGGCCGCUGCGGUGGCGGCGCCAUCGGCCGCCGCUGACGACGAGGACGACGACGAGGAGCUGUCUGACCACCUGUCCGACGUGGACGACGACGACAUAGGCUGCUACCUGGCCACCUCGGAGGAGGCCUCGGUGCGGGAGUCGCUGUGGGUGGAGAUGAACAAGGACUGGAUCGAGAAGCAGGAGCUGAAGCGCAAGGAGGCGGAGGAGGCCGCCAAGGACCCCAGCAAGGCCGGCUCCGACAAGACCAAGCGCAAGUACAAUCGGAAGCCCAAGGCCGAGAUUCCGGCCGCGGGUGACGCCGCCGCCGCCGCGCGCAACAUCCUGGAGGCCAAAAAGCUGUCCAACAAGAUCAACUACGGAGCCCUGGAGGACCUGUUCGGAGGAGGCGGAGCAGAGGACGGCAGCGGCGCCGCCGGCGCCGCCGCGGGCGCCGCCGGGCGACGCUCCGCGUCGCCAGACCCGGCCGUGGCCCCUGUGGCUGCUGGAUUUGGCGCGUUGGGGAGGCCGUCUGCCGCGGCGGCUGCGGCUGCGGCGUUCGCGGAUGAUUUGGAGCCCCGGCCGGCGGUGGCGGCGGCGCUGGCGAAGCGCGCAGCGGAGCGGGCGCGGGCUCAGGCGGCGGACGCGGACAAGUACGCGGCGGCGCUGGAGGACGAGCAGCGGAAGCGUGUGGGGGGCGGCAGUGGAGGCGCCGGGGGCGGGCUGGCAGGCGGUUUCUUGGACUCACUGACAUUUGCGCGGGGUGGUGCUGGUGGCGGUGAGGGCGGGCGUGCUCGGCCAGCUGGUCUGAGCUUGAGGCCACGAGGGCGGUGAGAGAGAGUGCCCUGCAGGUGCCCGGUCUUGCCGUGUUGGUUUCGGUGUGCGGCCCGGCCGAGGCCGUGGUUGUGCAGCUGCUGGCUGGGUUCGAAGCAUGCCCAAGUAGGCAAGCUGGCAGGGUGCCGUACCAUUGGUGGCCAGCAGGCAGGGUGUGUGCCGCACUGUCCGAUGUCUGUAACAUGUGGUGAUGUGAUUCGUCCAUACUUAUCACCUGUAUUGGCAUUGUGGCUCCCGGGCUUUGUACAUAACCGCCAUGGAGUUGGUGCGAGGCCAGGGCAAAGCUGCAGGAAGCCGGGAACUUGGUUGUGCACGACCCGUGCAGGGACCAAGGGUGCAGGGACCACGGUGAUGGCGAUAGCAGCGGCGGCACAACCGCUCAGCCUAUGCAUAUCCCUAGGAGCUAGAAGCUUGUGCACUUAAUGGCACAAUGCCGCACAGGGUGCGUCCGCGGCCCCGAGCUGCGUGGAAUUCUCACCUGCUGAA